AGUCACCUCCCCCUAGAGUUCUCUCUACCUUUGAGUCGCCCUCAUGUUACUCAGAACUCUCACUCGUCUUAAACAGAGCUACUGGGGAGUUUUUACCUCAGAGCAUGCGACUCAACAGACUCUUACUAGUUUCUUUUUCAGGUUGUGAAACUCAGCCUUCAAAGGCUGAAGACCUCGGUUCCAUCUCUGUGAACCAAUAGGAUCGUCUUUAGCAUCUGCUUGGUGUAGACCAUCCAGUUUUCUCUACGGCUCUGUUUCGUGAUUUUUGUGAGCCUCGGAGGUGCCUAAGCUCCCUUGGCUCUAGAUUCCUGGCUUUCCCCAUCUAUCGAGAGCAUCUGAAGCCAUGGCUUACAGUUGCCAGCUGAUGCAGGAUACACCACUCCUCGGGUUUCCACGUCUCAGGUUCAUUCAUCUCUUUGUGCUGCUGCUGGUUGGUCUUUUCCAGAUAUCUUCAGGUGUUGUCGGCCAAGUGUCCAAGUCGGUGAGAGAAAAGGCAUUGCUGUCCUGUGAUUACAAAUUUUGUUCUGAAGAGCAGUCCAUACACCGAAUCUACUGGCAAAAACAUGACAAAAUGGUGCUUUCUGUCAUCUCCGGGGUGCCGGAAGUGUGGCCCGAGUACAAGAACCGGACUGUAUACGACAUUGCUAACAACUACUCCUUUAGCCUCCUGGGCCUGAUCCUUUCAGACAGGGGCACAUACACCUGUGUCGUUCAAAGGUAUGAAGGAGGAUCGUACGUGGUGAAACACCUGACCACCGUGGAGCUGUCUGUCAGAGCUGACUUCCCUACCCCCAACAUAACUGAGUCUGGAAAUCCAUCUGCUGACAUAAAGAGGAUUACCUGCUUUGCUUCCGGGGGUUUCCCAAAGCCUCGCCUCUCUUGGUUGGAAAAUGGAAGAGAAUUAAAUGGCAUCAAUACAACAAUUUCCCAGGAUCCUGAAUCUGAGCUGUACACCAUUAGUAGCCAACUAGACUUCAACACGACGUACGACCACUUCAUCGAUUGUUUCAUUGAGUAUGGAGAUGCUCACGUGUCACAGAACUUCACCUGGGAAAAACGUAAGCAAUGUUACGCUGGGAAGGAACUAUACUUCUAGAUGGGAUCUAGAAGUACAACCCAACAGCCCUAUUUUAGAAUUGAGCUUGCUGAUUUUGAUGGUAAUUUUACUCACUUUAG